CUAAAUACCACAAAACUUGUAAAAUCACAGUACAGGGAGUACAUGUAAAAAUAAAGAGAGGCAAACCGUAUGAAGUAACUGAAUAGCGAGUAAUUAUGUUCCAUACCAAGAAUUUACAUCAUUUCUUAGAAAAUAUUAUCAUCUGAUUUGAAUUACACAGCUGUAAGAAAAUAUGAAGUUUUCUGUGCAGAAUGUGAAGAACGGUUGUCGUUUAGGGCUUAUCACGGACCUAGGAAAGAAUGGAAGCAAAAGUAUAGAAACUCCUAUGUGUAUGUUAUAUACCAGAGGAGGCAAUGCUUCUCAUUUGACGUUAGAUGUCUUAAAGAAGAUACAGAGAGUUCCUCCAAUUGCUCACAUGUAUUUAAGUUCUCUGGCAGAACAUAAUGAAGCUGUGACACAGUUUAAGGAAGGAAUUGCAAAUUUCUGUGGCAUGCAGGAUUAUGCAGUUUACUGUUCCUUACAUGACCCAGCUACAGAGGUACCUUCGGGAUACAAUGAAAAAUCAGGAACAGCGAUCUGGACAAAGGGAGGGAAGUAUAAGUUAGAUGUCAACCACUUUAUGCAAAUCCAGGAAGCCUUUCAACAUGAUAUCUGUGAAGCAUUGUAUGACGGGGAUACAAAUAAAGAUUCUACACGCAAACGAUUACUGAAAGCAAUAGAUAGAACUUUGAACUUUCUUGAUGAAAUUCAGGAUAAAUGGAAAAAUUCUAAGAAGUUACAGAAUACAGCACUGUUUGGAGUUAUAGAAGGAGGAUAUAGUGUACAAGAAAGACAGAAGUCUGCACAUGAAACUGUUACUAGAAAUGUCGAUGGCUAUGUAUUAGCAGGAUUUCAUAACAAUGGACCAAAAACAGAAAUCUUUGACUUAAACCAAGUAACAGAAAUUUGUCAGAAGACAAUGGAAUGUUUACCAGAGAACAAACCAAGACUAAUGCAGAAUGUUUGGAGACCAGAUAAAGUAAUGGAAGGUAUAGCAUUGGGGAUUGAUAUGUUUGAUAGUUCAUAUCCUUACAUUGUUACUGAGAGAGGAUGUGGUUUAGUGUUUAGAUUCAAUAUAUGUGCGAGUCAUGAAGAACAAAAAGGCAAUGGAGACCAUCUUCUUGGAUUUCAAAUUAAUCUUGCUGACAAAAAGUACGUAGAUGACUUUGGACCGUUGUUAGAAGGUUGUACAUGUUAUGCCUGUCAGAACUUUACAAGAUCUUAUAUCAACCAUUUACUGAACACAUCAGAACUAUUAUCAUCUGUUUUACUUAUGAUCCACAACUUUCAUCAUUAUUUUGAAUUCUUCCAUCAGAUCAGACAAUCUCUACAGGAUAACAGCUUUGAUAAACUAAACAGUCUCAUAAAAAAACAGAAGCCAUUAGACAGCUGACAUGCCAUUUAAUAAAUAAAUAAAAAAAAUUA